AUGAUGGCUGAUCUCAAAAAAGUAAUACCCCAGGGAGGUACCACCCGUUCAUCGGGUGGAGAAUCCUCUGCCGUCGCACCGGGUAAGCCGGGGGCGGUCAGUCCCACGUAUUCUGGGGGGGACAAGAAAGGCCAGAAGGGGGGAAAGAUGGGUGAGAGGAGUGAGACCAGGAAGGAGUUUGCAGCGGAGAAAGAGCUCAGGGUGAUGCUGGAAAGAGGAGAACUGGAGAGUGUGCUCAGUACCGGUAGGUACGAUAUCCUCAUGGAAGAGGACUUAUCGGACGUGACAGGGUCUUCGACUUCCCUCUUUACAGGAAGCGAAGACGGCUAUAGUGACGCGGAGAAGAAGCGCAAUCGGCGAAAGCGCCAACGCAAGCGCUCACGCUCUGACUCCGAGGGUGAAAGAGAAGGUGCUCGAGCCAGGGUGACAGAGGACCGUAUCGAAGCCAUGAAGGCCGCGGUUAAGGCGGGCCAGAAAAAUUUCGAUGAGAGGAUCGGGGUCAUCCGUGCCACUUGGGGUGGAGAUCCCAUGAAGCUCCAGUGGACGGCGGAUGCGCUCCGCAGUAAAAUAGAGGCCUGUGCUGACAUAGUGAAUGUCACCAUUAAAAAGUGCGGGAACCUCAAGGGCACCACCAUCCGGGACAUCAGGGAUGCUGUGGAUGCCAUCAGGGAUGCGGCCGACAUCCUCAAGAACAGGUCGGUCGCCAAGGAGAAUUCCGUCCUGGCCGCGAAAGUCGCGAGUCUUGAGGGGCAGGUUGUCGGCCAGAAGGCCGAAAACCAGAAGAUCAGCCAGGAGAUCCUCGAGCUCCGGACUGCAUUGCGGGAGGCACAGGCGCAGGCGACUGUCGGGCCAUCGACGUCCGCCGCCGGAAGCCCUGCUCAGUUAGAGGCGGUCGGGCCCCAGGCCCUACAAGAACUGGAGGACCGCGUAGCCCGGAGGUUGGAGAACCGACUCGACGCUCGCCUGGCGAGAAUAGAGGAGCGACUCCCUCCGGCGCCAGUGGUGAGGCCCACAACGACCCCGCCUGCUGUGCGUGCGAGCGGCUCGGCUGGGCCCAAAGGAAAAGGAAGAGGGAAGGCGUCGGCUCCUGCACCGGCUGCUAUUGCACCGGCAGCUACUAGUCAGGCUGCUCCUAUUGGAGUACAGGGGCCGGCGCCAGCUCCCCGCGCAGCGACGGAGAGUUGGGUGACCGUAGUUCGUCGCGGUGCGAAGAACACGGGCAAGAAGGCGGCGAACAAACCCGCGGCGACUGAAACGCAGCCUCAAAAGGCAGCGUCCGCGGGUAAAAAGAGGAAGAAGCCGAGACUCAGGCCUCCCCGAUCUGCGGCGAUAGUUUUAUCGCUGCAGCCCGGGGCAGCCGAGAAAGGGGUGACAUACGCGGCCCUACUCAGGGAAGCGAAAGACAAGGUGUGCCUCGAGGAUAUCGGCGUAACGGAGCUUCGUUACAGGCAGGCCAUCACUGGUGCGCGAAUCCUGGAGCUGCCAGGCGCCGCUAGUGGUGACAAGGCGGACUCCCUUGCCGAAAAGCUCAGGGAGGUCCUGCCCGCGGAGGUCGUACAGGUCUCUCGUCCGGUGAAGACGGCGGACAUGAGGAUAGUGGGCCUUGACGACACGACCACACCGGCGGAUGUCGUCGUCGCUGUGGCUCGAAGUGGUGGCUGCGCGGAGCAGGACAUCAAGGUGGGGGAAAUCCGCCGAUCGGCGUCGGGCACUGCGGCUGCAUGGGUUCGUUGCCCAGUGGUGGCCGCCAAAAAGCUCGAGACGGAGGCCCGCAUUAAGGUGGGAUGGGUUUCGGCGCAUGUUACCGUACUAGAUCCGAAGCCCGCACGUUGUUACCGCUGCCUACUGCAGGGGCACGUGGGUGCACAGUGUAAGUCGGCGGUGGACCGCAGUCAGGCCUGCUUCCGCUGCGGUGGAGAAGGCCACAAGGCUGCUGGUUGCACAAGCCCGCCGCAUUGCGUCUAUUGCGCAUCGGCGGGACGUCCGUCGAAUCACUCAGUGGGCAGCGGUAAAGACUGCUCGCGAGGAAGCCGCGCAACGGCGCGGGCGGAGGAGUCGGAGGCGAUGGAGGCCGAGCCCGGCCCGUCGCCACCGACCCAGAGUCUCUCGGCGGCAGAUGCGGGGGCGUCUGCCGUCACCUAA